AUGGACCCCAUUAACUGCUCAUCAGUGGAUCUCUCUGAUGUUCUGGCCAGCAAGAUGAGUCCCAGUAAGAUCCUCCUCUCCCUGACCCUCUCCUUCCUGGCUGUGGCAACCACCGCCAUCAACUCCAUGGUCAUCACUGCCAUCCUGAUCACCCGCAAACUCCACCAACCAGCCAACUACCUCAUCUGUUCGCUGGCUGUGACGGACCUUCUAGUAGCUGUUCUGGUGAUGCCUGUCAGCAUUGUGUACAUUGCAGAAGAGACGUGGGUUCUCGGUCCGAUCGUGUGUCACCUUUGGUUGGGUGUCGACGUUACAUGCUGCACUUGCUCAAUUUUACACCUAGCCGCCAUUGCGCUUGAUCGAUACCGUGCCAUUACAGAUGCCGUGGCCUAUUCCCAGAAACGCACAUAUAAAAGAGCAAUCAUAACCAUUUUGGCCCUUUGGACACUGUCUGUGCUGGUGUCUCUACCACCUUUAGUGUGGAGGAAAUUUCCUGUGGAACACAAGGAUGGGGAAAGGGAAGUCAUGGACUGCUUGAUUGAGCACGACCAUGUGGCUUUCACUGUCUACUCCACUUUUGGAGCAUUCUAUAUUCCACUGACCCUCAUUUUGGUUCUUUACUACAAGAUCUACAAGGCGGCGGAGAUGCUGCGUAACCGUCGAGGGAGCAGCCGUUUAGUCAAACAGACAGUGAACAGCGUCAUGAUUUCUGGAAUGAGCUCCGAUAAAGACAUCGCCCUCAGUCCUGACUCAUUCUGUCCAGUCGAGAAGUCAUUUUCAGAUCCGUCGACAGAUGGGGAAAGGGUGCGUUUUACUUCUUCUUCUUCAGGUAAUCUCAUCAAGGUCCGCAGGAACCCUGGGGCCAGGGAGAGACGGGCGGCUUUGACAUUAGGACUAAUCUUGGGAGCCUUUGUGGUUUGUUGGUUGCCGUUCUUCCUGAAGGAGGUGAUUGUGAAUAUUUGCCCGAACUGCAGCACUUCCGCUGUACUUGCAGAUUUCCUCACCUGGCUCGGGUACCUCAAUUCCCUCAUCAAUCCGUUAAUAUACACCAUCUUUAAUGAGGACUUUAAGAAAGCAUUUAAAAGACUCCUGCCCCUCUGCUGCAGCAAUAUCCUGUGAAACUGACUGGGAGGUAAAGAAAAAUAUGUGGUUUUAAGAGACAUAACUUGCAAAUAACAAUGACAAUCCUGUCUUACUCUAAAUCACUGGACUUCUGCAAGAAAGAUCCUCCUCUCCCUGAACCUCUCAUUCCUGGCUGUGGCA